AUGAUGCGAGUGUGGUUAGUAUGGACGGCGGUGGUGGCUGUGGUGGUGGGAGACAACCCCUUCACAAUGGAUGACUUUCUGUCCGGACAGUUCGGACAGCGAAGCUUCAAUGGAACAUGGAUCUCUGAUACCGAAUUUACGUACACGAUUCCUGGUGAAUCCGGGAUUUACGUUUAUGAUGUGUCCAGACUCGAAAGGGAUGUGCUUGUAUCAGGAGAGAUUAUGGGUUUCUUAAACACUACCAAUCCUAUAUUGUCAGCGGAUAGACAAUUUAUAUUGGCUCCUAGUGAAGUUCAAUCUGUAUACAGAUAUUCGACAACAGCGAAAUAUGCUUUGUAUGAAAUUUCGACUCGGCAAGUAACAUACAUCGCAAAUCAUCAACGCCUUCAGCUUUGUAUAUUCGGCGGGGGACAUUCAUUAGCAUAUGUACUGGAUAACAAUCUCUACUAUCUGCCUGAAAACUCAAAUCAGCCAAUUCAAAUUACGUCAGAUGGUAUCCCUGGAGUUAUAUACAAUGGUCAUGCUGAUUGGGUCUACGAAGAGGAUGUUAUGUAUACCGGCCAUGCUACCUGGUUCUCUCCCGAUGGUACAUACUUGGCAUUUGCCAGUUACAAUGAUACUUUGGUGGAAACCUACUCGUACUAUUACUACGUAGACAAAAGUGACCCGGAUGAUUUGUAUCCAGAAAUCGUCGAUUUGAAAUACCCAAAGGUUGGUCGCAUAAAUCCAACAGUGAGCCUUCGGGUAGUAGAUCUCAGAACAGCAGCAACUAAUCUCAAUUUUAUAACUUUCCAAGCACCAGAAAUAGUGACAGACGAUCACAUCUUAGGAGGGGUUAUAUGGCCAACUACAACGGAAAUCGCAGUCCAUUGGCUAAAUAGAAGGCAGAAUUACACUGUGCUAAGGAUUUGUGACAUUGUGUCAGCUCAUUGUGAGGAAGAACAUCGUCAACAGUCUAAUGGGUGGGUACCAAUUGCAUUGCCAAGAUUCAGCAGUAGCGGAGACCGCUACGUAUCGACGCGUUGGUCCUUAGAACAAGCAGAUGGCUAUAUAUGGCAACAUUUAUACGUCAGUAUGCGUAUUAAUGGUCAAAUCGUAUCUACUUCUAUUACGCCUGGAGCUUUCACUGUCAACAGCUACGUUGGUAUGAAUGAGGAGAAUUUGCUAUACUACUUCACCCGUACGGUAACAAACGCGCCGUGGCAAGCAGAAGUGCACGUGUCCGGGUCGCGGUCGGCGUGCCUCAGCUGCUCGCUGCGGCUGCCCGGCGGCGGCCGCUGCACGUGGCCCGUCGCCUCCGCCAGCCGGGGAGGCUCGUACUUGGCCAUCUCGUGCUCCUCUAGUGACGAACCGAUUGUUACUUACAUUUAUGAUCCCUUGAAUGAUCGCCCUCUUCUCAUAUGGGAAGACAAUCAAAUAGUCAGAGCACGUCUUGUCGGUAAAACCAGACCGCAAAGUAUUAUAACAACGGUUCCCUUAGAAGAUGGACAUCCAGCAUCAGUCAGGUUGUUCCUUCCCCCCGGACUUAAUGUGAGCGACACUAAUACUAAAUAUCCAGUAGUUUUCUACGUGUACUCCGGACCGAAUACCAACACUGUGAUCGAUAGGUUUACUGUUGGUUACCAUUCAUAUUUAACAACUAGUCGCAAUACUAUAUACAUGAUGGCCGACCCACGCGGCGCAGGACUGAAUGGACAGAAAGUAUUAUAUUCGUUAAACAAUGCUCUGGGAACCGUCGAAAUAUUUGAUCAUUUCCUUAUAUUGAGGCAAGUUUUAGAACGUUACGCGUUUAUGGAUCCCGAGCGAGUGUCGAUGUGGGGUCACAGUUACGGCGGGUACGCGACUCUCCUGACGAUGGUGCACGACGACACCGGCAUGUUCCAGUGCGGCGUCGCCGGCGCACCUGUUACGUCGUGGUUGUAUUACAACACCAUGUAUACAGAAAGAUAUAUGGGCUUGCCUACUCCAGAAGAUAACCUAGCUGGUUACGAAGCCGGCGAUGUGACUCUUCUAGCAGAGAAGUUACGAGGAAAGAACAUUUAUGUGAUGCACGGGAAUGCAGACGACAAUGUGCACUAUCAAAAUGCGGCCAAGCUUUAUAAGAAGUUGCAACAACUUGAUAUACCUUUUGAGCAAAUGUCGUACCCCGAUGAAGCUCACAGCUUAGCUGGCGUCAAUAGACAUCGGUACAAUGCGAUGAACCGUUACUGGGAGAAGUGCAUCGGGAUGCCAGCCGAAUCG